CAGGGUUUUACUCCGACUUAUUAUUCUGAUCUUUGAUUGGACGUGCUUUUUCAUGUGUAGUUAUACUUAUUAUAUUUUGUCUAUUAGAAGCUAGCUUCACCAACAUUUGCUAAUGGACAGAAAGUAAGCAACUGCAGCACAAGUCGAAUACAGCCCUGUAGUGGGUCUGGGAGAUCUGGGGUGCGCAUAAUUCGGAUAUAUCGGAGAACUAUAUCUAGAGGGACGAGUUAUGCGGGCCGUUCUGUAACCGUUUAAAUAAUAAUGCUGUUAAUAUUCUAAAACGUAAUUGUACACUUGUAAUUAAUACACUAAAAACGGUCCGUAUACAAGCGACGGGUGUGCGCUGUUCGGGAAUAUGUGAACAAACCAAGUAGCUCGAUUUUAGUGGUAACAAUGGCGUUAAUAUUAGUAGUAUUUAGUUGCUGCAAACUAAGAGCCACGACAAAUGGCGGUAACGUGAAAUGCGUUCUCUCAAUUUCUUUUUUUUUUUUUCCGUAAACGUGUCAGCGCAUUUUCCGGCAAACGCCGUGCGUGAGUUGCCUUUGCGAAGAUGAAGGCGACGAGGUGGGGCACGCGCCAAGCAUGCGAGCACCAGGACCCACGAGCGUCGGCCACAGCGCCACCAUUGCCCGUUCGACCGCCCGUCGUCGCGGCGGACGGUAUGCGCGGGUGGUUUGCAAGACGGCGUGCGGCAUCAGCAAUGUGUGGGUUUGCAAUCUCGAGUGCGAAUUCCAAACCAUCCGAAAGAUGGUCCAGAAGUACAAGUACAUUGCCAUGGACACGGAGUUCCCAGGUGUGGUAGCCCAGCCCGUCGGGGAGUUCCGCAGCGCAACCGAGUACCACUACCAAACGCUGCGCUGCAACGUGGAUGUUCUCAAGGUCAUCCAGCUGGGCCUCACCUUUUUCGACGAAGACGGCAACACCCCGCCAAAUUGCUCUACGUGGCAGUUUAAUUUCAAGUUCAGUCUCGCAGAAGACACCUACGCGCAGGACUCGAUCGACCUGCUGACGCACUCGGGGAUACAAUUCAGCAAGCACAACAGCGAAGGCAUCGACCCGUACGAAUUCGCCCAGCUUCUCACGACGUCGGGAAUGGUCCUCUCCGACGAGAUCACAUGGCUCGCUUUUCACAGCUGCUACGACUUCGCUUACAUGAUGAAGCUGCUGACGGGGGACAACCUGCCUGCGUGCGACGUUGAGUUCUUCGAGCUCCUGGAAAUAUACUUCCCGGCCAUCUACGACCUCAAGUACCUCAUGAAGGAUUGCAGAAACCUACGAGGAGGUCUGCAAAGACUGGCCGAGCAGCUGCAGGUUGAACGAGUCGGGCGACAACACCAAGCGGGCAGCGACAGCUUGCUGACGGGCAUGGCGUUCUUCAAGAUGCGAGAAGUGUACUUCCAAGGCUACAUCGACCAAGCCAAGUACUGCGGCCACUUGUUCGGCCUAACCAAGCCGGAAAUUGUUCACCCGCAGCCCGACGAAGAGGCCCAGAACAACGUGCCCGUGUCCUUUUCGGUGGCUUCCAGCGUCUCCCAGCAAGAUUGCAGCCUGGCGUGUCGACGGACUAUGCCGCAUCCGCUUGCCAACACUGUUCCCGGCGUCGCCCACCCCACUUCCGUUUUGGCGUCUCGUUGGACUGCGCCGCUGCCGUUUGCCAACUCUGCUCCUACUGCCAGCCGCCCCACUUCCAACUGGGCGACUCGGCGGACUGUGCCGCGGCCGUUUGCUUACUCUGGUCCCAGAGCCGCCCACCCCGCUUCCAGCUUUCCGCCAGGACGGAACGUCCCGCCGCCGUUUCUCGACAAUAGUCUCGGUGCCUCCAACCAUGCUUUCAGCUCGACGUCUGGGCGGUCUGUGGCGCUGCCGAUAGCCGACACUGGUCCCCGCGCCACUCACCCCGCUUUCAGCUUGGCCUCUGGGCGGACUGGGCCGCUGCCGUUUGCAGACACGGGUCCUGGCGCACCCAACCCCGCUUUCGGCUUGGCUUCUGGGCGGAGUGUGUCGAACAGUGGUUCCAACGCCGCCCACCCCGCUUCCAGCAUGACAUCUGGGCGGACUGUGCCGAUGCCGUUUGCCGACGCCGGGCUUGCGCCUCUCCAAGGGACCGCAUUCGGUAUGCAGACGUGGAACGCCUGAUCAGGACUUCUGGUGUGCGCUGCCCUCGCUCAUGCUCAUCAGCCUCCAGAUCAUCUACCCCUGCUGUUCAUCCGUCAGCGCGCCUACUUGACGAAUUCAUGCCAUCUUUUCUGUGGCUUUACAUACUCCCCUUUUAGCCCCACACUCAUUCGACUAAAAAUUGUUUUUUCUUCGCGUCGCAAUUGUCAUCGUGUCCUUUGUUCUGAUGGGAAAUUCGGGUUAACAGCUUGUAUCCUCUAUAUAGUCAGUGACAGAUUAAGCCUACUCAGCCAACAAGAGUGUGCAGCUCCUGCUCUCUGUCGUCUGCGCUCCCAGAAGAUCCUUGCACGUCGCACAGGCCCGGAGACGCCCCAGCGGUUCAGCAACAACGAACACGCCACCGUCACGGACAAAGCGCACGCAAGUACAAACAACCAAGAUCGGCAAGGGUGGGGGCAAGGAAGACGGCGCACAGCACGAACACCUCGAAGAAAUUCUGACGAGGGAUUAGUAGGGGCAUAGCGUCAAGUGAGACGGUGCUCUAAUAAAAGAGGCGGAUUUUACUAAGCC